CUCCUAAACUUAUCUUCGUUAUUAUCACUUUCAAUCUCUGCUAAGAUGGUCGUACUUAAACUUUUAGAAGACUCAUCAGAUGACGAUGAAAGUGGAUCAAGAUAUAGAGUAGAAUAUCGUCAACAUAGACGUGUAAACAAUCAUCAGACUAAAGGUUGGGAGAUAGUUCGCUAUGUCCCAAGACGAGAUUACAAUUUUUUUAUGAACUGGAUAGAUGGUGUGUUGCGUGAACCACUUAAGAAAUCGGUUAAGCAGACUCUCAAUAUUGUAGCUGAAGAAUUGAAAUCUAAACCUGUGGAGGAUAUUGUGUUUGAUGCUCAUCCUAUAUCUUUCAAUGCUUCUCAAAGUGUUGAUAUGAACGAUGACAAGAUUGGUCAUCUUGUGAAAUCGAUCGAAUCAACAAAUAAAAAAGCUGGACGAAGGUUUACAACAAGUGCUGCUGGGGAGGUUCCUGUUUCCUUCCAACUCCCUAAUGAUUUUCCACCUCAUCAUAUCAAUAUUGACAUGUUACCAAUAAGAGAAAAGGGGUGGAGUAGUAGUGGUGGUGUCCCGAUCAGACAAUAUCGUUUCUCUGAAAGACUCAAAGGUUGGACAGUCCUACGUAGGCAAAGACUCAAUGGCAAAUUCGAUACGUACUAUCGUCAUGAUGAAUCAAACAUUACUCUUCGUUCUGUUAUUGAGCUUCUCAAUUUUUUGCUCUAUGAGGAAACUCCUGGUAAAAACAAAACACCAAACAAGACCACUUUGGCUAAUAUUCUGGGGUCUAAUGAUGAUAAUCAGCCAAAACUGAAAAGGUCAUACACAAAAAGGAAGUCUAAACAUCUGAAUGUUGAAAAUGAUAAUAGUCAACAAAAAAGAAAAAGGGUGUACCGAAAAAGGAAUUCGAAAGGUUUGAAUUCGCAAAAUUUGAACGAAGAACCACAACAAAUUGGAAUAUUAUUAUCACCUAACAAAGGUGAUGAUGGUGCCAAUGAAAACUUUAAGCCUCCUGAAGAUGAUAAGCAUCUUCUUCAUCCUCAAUUUAAGGCGGAUUUUAUCGAAAAACAAGACUGUGGAAUAGUUAUUGGAGAGAACAAAAACACAGGCAAUUUUCCUCGAGGAACUCUGAAAAUAUUUCCAAGCACUGCUAAAACGGCUGAUGAUUUGUUUAGAUCGUCGUACGAAUCUUUUCAUUUCUCCAAGAAAAGUGUCACCAAAGAAGACAAUGAAGGAAAGGGGAAAGGGAAGGAGAAUGAGAAGGAGAAGGAGAAGGAAGAAUCUAAUGAAAAACCGAAAGAUGAUGAUGAUCAGGACACAGAUACAGAAGAAACUUGUUCAGAUUCUAUGGUAGAUCCGACCACUGAUUAUUAUUUUGGAGGCAAGAUUAAACUAGAUGAAACCCUACUUAGUACUUGUACUAGUGCUUAUUCUAAGGUUCCUAUUGAUAUUGAGAGUGUUGAUAAUCAUGGUCAUGAUGAUUCUACUAAUUUUGGAUCAACAAAAAAUGAUGGUGAUGAUCAAGGGAGUUUGAAGCCUGUGAAAGUCAAUGAUGUUGACUCUGGAAAAGAGAAAGGCAAAGCUGUUUUCAAAGAUGAUGAUAAUGGUAGUGCCAAGAAGAACAACGAUAUUGAUGAUAAAGAUUUGAGGCUUCUAACAAGUUUUUGUGAAAGUGCGAUUUCAAUGGACAAGAACAAAGACAAAGACUCAGCUUCUUACCCUAAAAAAGGUUAAUUAGUUUCUUAUAAGACUAUUUAAUAAUAAGGAUAUUUUAAUAAUUAUAUGUUUUG